CCUGAGAACUUGGGUAAUUUAGAAUCUUUGAUAUGCCUUGAAGUAGAAGGAAGCGGUAUAAGAGAACUCCCAGUUUCUGUCUUAUGCUUGAAAAGGCUGAAAACAUUAUCAUGUGAUGGAUGCAGAGAAAUGACGAUGCCCUUUUCAUCAUGGUCAUCAUCAAUUGAAGAAUAUUGUAGUUACUCUGGUCUGCUACAUCUUGAUUUAAGUGACAGUAAUCUUUGGGAAUUAUCGGAUGGUAUUGCUCAAUUGUCCUCAUUGAAAACCUUAGAGCUGCGCGGAACCAACUUGGAGAGCUUACCUGCAACGAUGAAUCAACUGCGCUGUUUGACGCGUCUUGAAUUGGAAGCUUGCAAGAGGCUGAAAUCAGUACCAGAGCUUCCAUCAACUAUAAAUUAGAUAGAUGCUCAUGACUGCAGCGCAUUGGAAACCGUUGCAAAACCAAAUACUCGUUGCUCUAUGAAUCUUUGCUUCACAUUUUCUAAUUGCCUCCAGCUGGUACAAACGAAUCUAUUCAGAGAUAUUGUGGAAACUCAUUCUCAUUACCAGGGUAAUUAUCAACGUCCACUUUCCUUUAAUAUGUCUCUUCCCGGAAGUGAAAUUCCUGAUUGGUUCAAUUAUCAAUGUAGGGGAUCCUCACUAACUGUACAGCUACCCCCAAAUUGGUUCGAUGAUAAGUUUUUGGGGUUCGCUAUAUGUGCUGUUAGCGACUUCAAGGGUUCUCAGAAUUAUGCAUCUGAUCUAUCCGCUCUAUGUCAUUGUGGCUUAAAAGGAAAUCAUGGUGAGAGCAGUUUCAGUUUUACUUUGCUUGAUUGGGGUUUCACUACUGACAGAAUCCUCGAGGCGGAUCAUAUGUUCCUGGCAUAUUUGCCAUGGUCUGAAUAUCGCUUCACUGAAGAGGGAAAGCUGGUCAAUGAACAGUAUUUCACUGAGGCCACAUUUGAGAUUGUAGUAGAAAAUAGAGUUGAUAGACAUGUUUUCGGGACAGUAAUGAACCGCCAUUGCAUCACUAGUUGUCUAGUUGUGGAGUUUGUU